AUGGAGAGAGAUGUUAAUGUACACAUUGUUACACCCGGACAACUUAUUACAGACGAAACGCAAUUUAUGAGAGGUCAUGGUACCUUUAUUACAGAUAGCGGAGAGAGUUUAUCUUCAGUUGCAGGUGUUGUUGAACGUGUCAAUAAAUUAAUAUCAGUUCGAGCAUUGCAUUCAAGGUAUUUUUUACUUUGCAAUAGUAACGUUAUUGACAUAAAUUCAAGGCAAGAUGCAGUCUUACUUUUGUCAGCUAUAAAUCUUCCAGGUGCUGCUGAAGUACAAGGAUCUUUUCAAGAUGGAUCAUCAUCAUUACAUACAAGAAUACCACAAGCUUUGGUUCAACGAUGUAAAACACAUUUUCAUACAUUACCUUGUGGAGUAGAUGUGACACUAGGAAUGAAUGGUUAUAUUUGGGUAAGUAAACAUUCAGAUAAAACCAUGGAGGAAUCUGAUUCUGAAUUAAUUUAUACAAAUGAAAAUGAGCCAAUUGACAGGGUAACAAGAGAAAAUAUUGCACGGGUUUGUAAUUGCAUAAGUAUAUUAAAUAGACAAUUCAUGUGUAUUAAUGAUUCACUCAUCUUAUACACAUAUGAGGCGUCAAUAAAUUAUCCAGUUAAAGAACUUUUGAAAUCUGAAGUCAUGGAAUAUAUCACAUCAGAAGUUAAUGGAAGAGUAGCAAUGACAAAAAAAUAA